UUUUUGCUCAUGGCUUCAGUCACUGACUAGCACGCUUGGAGAACACACAGUGAGCGGAGCGUCCGCAGUCGCAGUAGCACUCGAAGUCCGCUUAUCCGCAUCCGCAGCGUUUUCGAAUUUUUCAGACCAACCAUUCGAUCCGAUCCGAUCCAUCUGGCACAUCCUAACCAUCUCUAAUCGUAACCCCAUCAUCGUGAUCGCGUCCGUAAUCGCUCCGUUUUGACGUACUCGAUGUUCCGGUUUUGUGUGCAAUCGUUUGCAAAGGAGAUCGAAACAAUAAUCUCGGCGGAUAGGAAAUUUGAAACACGAAUGUUCGUUUCGCAAUCCAAGAGAGUCGUUACAAUUUGAAAAGCCCGCAAAAAAAAAAUCGUUUAAAUGCGAGCAAUUCGAAGAUCGGAAAAUAUAUAAAAAUAUAUAUAUAUGAUUUGUGCUGUGUUUGAAAAAGGAAUAUCAGAAAAAAAUUAUGAAAAUGUUGAAUUGUUGUUGCCGUAAGUUUUAAAGUGUGCAAAGUGCAACUCUCUGAAAAUCAACGAAGAAUACAACGCGUCCAAAAAAAGAAUCGUAAAACUGAAAAAAGCAAACAAACAUAAAAACAAGCUCGUCAACUAUGUUAGCCAACCGAAGUUGGGCCGCAUAAACAAGCUGAGAUUGCUUCAUUCCUCGCUCCCCAACUAAACCGCGGGAAUUUCUGACAUGACAAGAAAGUCAUUGGCGUUGAUAAGAUGCAUUAUCAGCGGGGAAGACGAAGAUGAAGAUCCGCAACAGCAACAGCAGCAAUUGAAAAGUGUUGAACAAGUCUACGAUAUGAUAACCUAAUUUCCUGCCAGGAAAGAGGCGAAAAGAUUUUAACGAAAAUUUAAACGGGCUCAGAGAGAAGCAAAGUCAGUGAAAAGAAAAGAAAAAACGUAAUCGAAACGAAAGUAAGAAAAGAUAUCUGAAAACGGGGCGUACAUAUGUUUCAACGACACCCGAGGGCGUGGCGCACGCCCAAUAAACUGGCAAACAAUCUAUAAACAACUGCGAGACUACACAGCGAUUUAUACAGAAAUUAUAAACAUUCGGACUCAGAUUCCGAACCGGGCUCGAGAAACCCCUGUGAACCAAAGUGGUGAUCUUUGAUGCGAAGAAACCUGCGCUUGGACUGGAGGGCCCUGGCGCUGCUGGGCGCCCUCCUCUCGUUCAUCAUCGCCUGGCGGGGCCUUGUAUCUGCGAUGCCCCUCAUGGCCAUGGACAACAACCUGACAGACUCAUCCGGAUCCACACACACAUCCACAUCCACAUCAAAAUACAACAGCACGAACAAUAGUAAUCUGUUUAGUAAUAGUUAUCUACAAAGUGAUCAUAGUCGUAGUAGUUUAGUGCCGAGCGCAGUGAGUGAACGUAGUGUAAAUCAACCCACAAAUCAAAGUAUUAAUGCUGAAUUUAAUCAGAGCUUAAGCACGCAUCCAACUGCCAUAACAAGCACACCGCAAACCCAAACUCAAACCCAAAUCCAAUCCCAAUACCCAUCCCCGGCGGAGGAUUCCGAUCAGCUGGAGGAGCCGCUGGGAUUCGUCAUCUCAGCGAUGCCGAACGAGCAUCUGGCGGUCCUGUCGCGUACCGAACGCAGCAUUCGUCACCAGAAUCAGCAACAGCAGAAGAAGCACCAUCAUCAUCACCAGCAACAGCAGCAGCAGCCAAUGUCGCCCGCUGACAAUAAUUUCAUUGGUUCGAAAUCGAAAAGACUGAGCAACCCUAGAAGUAGUCUUAACAUAAAUAGCAGUAGCAGUAACACGCCCAUCAGCAAUCUGGACCGUAACGAACGCUCCACGGUGCCACAGUCCCACUUGGCCUGGACCUCGCGCAAGAUCCAGCUGUACAUCAAAAAUCGCAUCCUUCAGAUCUUAAGGGAUGGCGUUGUCAACGGAACCCAGGACGAGAAUAGUGAAUUCACGAUUCUCCAGCGAUCCACGGUGGAUGUGGGACGCAUCAAGCUGCAGAGUGUGGCCACUUGCCUGUAUCUCUGCAUGGACGCGUGCGGUGUUCCCUACGGCUCGAAAGAGUUCACCGACGACUGCGUCUUCAAUGAGAACAUGGGUCUUCAAAACUACAACACGUACUCCUCCACGUACCACUCUCAGGCGCGGCGGGUAUUCUACCUGGCCCUGAAUGGCAGUGGCCAGCCCCGGCGCACCCAGAUCCCGGCCAGCCGAUCGCUGGGCAAGCUGAGCACCUACACGAACGCCAUCACGGAGACGGUGCCGCAGGAGCGGGUCGAGCAGCUGAUCGCCAAGAAUUUUGGUGCCAAUCGCGUCAAGCACGGCGUGCGGCAACUCUGUGAUACGGGCAAGCCGCUGAUCGAGCUGAUCGAUGUGGCCAGAUUCAAGGGGCCGCCAUAUUGCAGCAGCAACACAAGUGGCAGCAGCAGCAGCAGCAUCAGCAGCAGCAGUAGUAGCAGUAGUAAAAGUAGUAGCAAUAGCAGUAGCAGUUACGUUCCUGUGUCUGCGAUCAGCAGCCUGAGUAGUAUUAGUAACAGUAGUCAAAGCGAGAGCGGCCAUAUUAGCAGUAGCCUUAGCGGUAGCAGUAAUAGUAGUAGCAAUAGCAGUAGCAGUAACAGUAGCAGUAAUAGUAGUAGACCGACUGGUAACAAGGCCAACAAAAAGAAGAAGCCCAAGUGCAAGCCGCACGAGCAGGAGGACACUCACAAUUGCCAGAAGCGCGGUGGCGCCGGAGCGGGAGCACUGCGAAAAUUGGGGCCCAAGGCGAAGAGGUGCAAGGAGCUGCGGGAGAAGGCGGCCGCCGAGAAGCGGGCGCCGCCCAAUUGUGGCAAGAAGAAUGGGGCCAGGAAGAAUCCUACAGAGGCAGCCAAAGCGGUGCAACAGCGACCCAAGGGAUCCAUCCAGCACGGAGGCAAGAAGAAGCCGAACAAGGCGGGUAAACAGCGCCAAAAUGGGGGCAAAAAGCAGCAGCAGCAUCAGUUGCAGCAACAGCAACAACAGCCGCUGCAACAUCAGGCGAAAUCCGUUUCCGGUGGCAAGAGGAAACACCGGAAAUUGGAUACAAGUACUACCACCACCAUGGCCACCAGCCUGGCCACGCCCCCAAGUAGCCAUUGGGAGAGCAGCUCGCCCCUGCCCGCAUUUUCCCUUAGCGAAACCAGCGACAGGGUGGAGCGCAACGUGCGCAUGAGCAGCGGCGAGGAGCAGGAUCAGGACAACGACCAGGAUCAGGAGCAGUCCGAUCCGGCCGAGCAGGGCGAGGAGGAGGCCGAGGGCGACGGGGGAUCCCUGGAAGAUGCCAGCUACGAGGACGCAAGUUCCGAGGCCCAAGGACGCAGCGGAGCAGGCGGCGACGAUUCGCUCUACUACGAUUUUUAAACAUUGGGCUUGCAAACAAAUCAAAACGUUCAAAAUGUGAAAUGUGGUAAAUUCAGCUUAAAUCAGUGCGACUGUUGAGAAAAAAGAAAAGUGAGAAAAGGACCUAAAAUGAUGUAAAAAGUCCGUCUUGGGUAUGCAAAAGAUAUUGUAAUUGCAAGUUUCCACAACACAUCCACACACGAUCAGACACCAACAGAUACAGAUACAGAUACCCACUCUAUACACUGCACAUUCAGCACCAGAACAACACCAUAUACAUGUAUAUCAUCCGCCAGUGUGUAAAUAUUUGAAUAUCAUACUCUACAUACGCCUGUGGCUCACUAAAGUAUUUUUGAUGCAGCGGACUGUUGUCCCCCCGGCGAUGAUGCAAAGUGCAACCAAGAUCCCCACUAAAGACGAUGAAUAUCAAUGUAUUACGACGGAGUCUCGAGUAUUUUAUAAGAACCUCUCAAGCGAACCAUUUGGAGUAUAAUUAUCAUCGAAAUGUAUUAUAAACGCACGCCCAUCCAAUCAAUCAGAUAGAUGUAAAUUCGAAGCCCUAACCUUAAGCAACACGAUUGACCCAAAAGAGUCUAUUGAAAUACUUGAGUCUCUGUGGCGGAACUUUCACGAUCGGUUGACGAUGAAAAUACUCAAAAACACGACCACUCCGAUAAGUCUACCAGAAACCAAACUUGAAAACUUGCAAAACGCUUUCCCAACACUGUAAAAACGAGUAAAGCGUUGAGAUAAUUCGAAUAUGUCGAGGAAAUACAAUUGUAAAUAGAUACGCGGCUUAGUCAAGUAAGAUCCAUUUUUUGUCUGUACUGUCGAACCUCGCGUAGCCUUAGCCUUGUAAAUCACCUUUGAAUGCAAUUUUUCCCACUCAAGUUAAAAAUCGCAAUGCGAAAGUAUGAAGCAAACGAUACAUCGAAAACUAUUAUAAAAAAAAUACGAGAAAAGUUGGAAGCAAAACUCACAAAUCACAAGAUUGUAUUUUCAUUUACAAUACUUACGAAACUAACAUUAAUAUUAAUUUAUUCGAUCAACGAGAUAAAUGCGUGAAAUUAUAGUUGUAGCUGUAUGAUGGAUUUAUUUAUUUAUUUAAAAAUAUUUAUUUAUAAACUACUUCUAGUACGCUUAGGCCUAGACUAACAAACUUUGUUAUAACUUAAUGCAUUAAACAAACAAUUUCCAGAUAAGUCAGUAAACGAUCAACGAAAAGAGCAUGAGAAAAACGCGAAAAAAACUAAACUAAAAAAUAAAGUAUAAAAAUACAUUAAUAUCAAAUGCGAUUGUGUUUUAGUCGAUAAUGGUAAGGAGUAGUAGUCCUAAGGUUAAUGUCCAAUAUUACUGGGUUUUCUGCAUGGAACUGAAUUAUUUUUAGCAUUUUGCACGCUGCCCGACUUAAAUUCAAAAAAAUUAUUCCAAUUCACUCAUUUUUUGGCAUGGUUUUCUGUAAUGCAGUUGUUUUACAUAUCCUCCCUAAAUAUCCAUAGCUCCAAACUCCCCUAUAAUAUCUUGUGCCCUUUACAGCCUGUGCCUGCAGCUAAUCGCCCUGGUUUUGCUCCGAAAGAGAGCCAUCCUGUGAGAGGAGAUCCUUCGAUCUAUCGUCGAAACCCAAUGUACCACCGAUCCACACAACAAAGCUAAAGUUCCUGAUCUUUAAGCAUAAGAGUUAUACAUUUAAAACUACAUUUAUAGCAUUUAGUAUUUUCGUAUUUAUCGUUUAAGACUGAUAAGAGAACACAAGAGGAGAGCACUAAGCUAAACGUACUGUAAAUAAACUAAAAUAUUCUAAAA